ACACUGAUAAUCUGGAAAGUUUGGUUAUAUUUGUUAUAUGGUUUGGUUUUAUAAACUUCAAGUAUUCGAUAUUUGCCCAAAAACUUGCCAUUUUCAACAUAAUGCCCGGAAAGCGGUUAAAUGAAAAUCAACAGCGAUUUGUGCGUAAUUUGGUAAACUAUUUUCAAAGGGAACUAGAGAAUAAGGGUCCCUUGCUCCCUUUAAAUUGUAUCCAAGAGCGAGUGGCAAAUGGCUUGGACAUUUCAAUCCACACGGUGGGUAACUGUUUAAGAAAGGCAUCAGCAUCGGCCAAGGCCCCAGCCCAACCUUCCAUCAGCAAAAAAUUGAAAACCACGAAUUCACCAGAACCCAUUAAAAUGGAAACAAGGGAUGUGCUGUAUGAUAUGUAUGCUGAAGAUUCAACCGAAGAAACAGAAGAAGAAAUUCAUAUUAAAGAAGAACCAGAAAAAGAAAUUUUUAUUAAAGAAGAGCCUUUGAUAUAAAAGAAGAAUCGGAAACCAUUUUGUGCAUUUAUUAAAUUUACUUUUGGAGUUAAGACUUCUUGACUAAAUUGACUUUUAAUAAUUAUUAUAAUUGAACAGUUUUGUACUGUUGCUGAUGAAACAGUUACAAUAUAGCACAAAAAUAAGCUGGUCAGUACAAAAAUACAUAACCUACAACAGAUUGAUGGGUUAACGAAGGAUGGUUAAAAUACCAUGUUGUGCAUGGUUGAAAAGGAGCUAUAACAUGGAUCUAGUGAUUUCAAAAAAUUAAAAAUAUUGUAAGAAUAAAACGAAUUGAUAAGUACAGUAAACAUGAUUUUUUUGCCCUACUCGAACAGGUUUUGUUGAAUUACAAAAUAACUUGUAAACAGUUAAUUUUUUUAAUUUUACAAUUCG